AUGACGCAAGGUUUGAUACUGAUUGUGCUUCAAAAGAUCACAGCUACACUAGGAGGGGCUGCAGUAACUGCACUUGUUUCAAAAGUUGGGGAAGUAGCCAGCAUUAUACUUGAAGCAGAGAGCAUCAUGAAGGAAAUCGAGAGUGAAUUUGAGAUAAUGCAAGCCUUCGUAAGUCAAGUAGAUCAAUACACUGGAAGCCACCAGAUCCUCGAGUCCUGGCUGAAGCAUAUAAGAAAGGUUGCCUGUGAUGUUGAGGACAUCAUAGAUGAAUAUGCAUUUCUCCUGGGAAAAAUGGCCAAUCCAGAAAGCUUCCUGAAGAAAGCAUUUCAUCAUUCCAAAAAUAUCAAAACCUGGAACAACAUCGCUUCUCAGCUGAAACAUGUGAAAGCUCGCCUCCAAAACCUAACAGUUAUGAAAGAGAGAUAUGGCAUCAUGAUAUCAGGAAAUGGUGUUGGUUCAUCAAGCCAUAAUAUUACUCGGCAGCUUUACUUGUCUGAUGCUUCCUACUUAAAUUACGAUGAUAAUGAUGUGAUCAUAGGGCAUGAAAUUGAAGCGCAGAUGUUAGCACAGUGUGUAAACGACAAUGCUGCUGAUCGUACAGUUAUCUCCAUCUGCGGAAUGGGAGGUUCAGGCAAAACCACCCUUGUAAGCAGCCUAUACGGAAAACAAGAAAUCAGAAAUAUGUUUGAUUGUUAUGCCUGGAUCACAGUAUCAAUGAAUUAUCUUAUUGAAGACCUUUUGAGCAAAGUCAUGAGACAACUUGAUGACUCGUAUGAACAUUGUACAGCUGAUUAUAAUGAUUUGGUGAAGAGGAUCCAGAGUUAUCUCGGAAACAAGAGAUACCUUAUUAUUUUGGACGACAUGUGGAAUAGAGAUUGUUGGCCAUGUUUUGAUCUAGUAUUUGUGAAGAACAAGUGCAGAAGUAGAGUCAUUAUUACUACUCGCAUUGAAGGUGUUGCCUCAUUAGCUCUGGAUGAUCACACUAUCAAAAUUGGCAGCCUUUCGGACGAAGAAUCAUGGACGCUCUUUAGUAAAAAGGCAUUUUCAAAACUCAGCACAUCAACAUGCCCUGAAGGACUAGUUAAAUGGGCAAAAAAGAUAUUGGUGAAAUGUCAAGGCUUGCCCCUUGCUAUUGUUGCUAUAGGGAGCCUUCUAUCUUAUAGAGAUAUGGAGGAACAAGAGUGGCGACUGUUCUAUAAUCAACUCAAUUGGCAACUAACAAAUAAUCCAGAACUCUACUGGGUUUCACGUGUUCUAAAAUUGAGCUUAAGUGAUCUUUCAAGCCACUUGAGGAAUUGUUUCCUUUACUGUGCCUUAUUUCCUGAAGAUUACCAAAUACGACGGAGGUGGAUAAUUAGAUUGUGGGUAGCCGAAGGUUUUGUAGAAGAUCGAGGAACCGAGACAACACCGGAGGAAGUUGCUGAGGACUACCUCAAGGAACUUACUCGGCGCUCAUUGAUUCAAGUAACUGAAAGGAACGAAUUUGGAAGGCCAAAGAGAUUUCAGGUGCAUGACCUAGUCAGAGAAAUGGCACUGACCAUAUCAAGAAAAGAGAUGUUUGCUCACAUAUGUAACCACCCAGAUAUAACAGAUAUUGGUGAUGUGGCAAACCGUGUAUCAGUGCACAGUGGGGGGCAAGUCUAUCAGCCAGGCCCAUCUUCACAGCAUCUGCGCUCAUUUUUAUUGUUUGAUAAACAAGUGUCUAUUCUAUGGAUCAACGCUGCUUCAUCGAGUUUCAGACUGUUAAGAGUCUUGUGCCUCAGAUACUCCCUCCUCAAGGAUAUUCCUGAUGCCAUUACUAGUUUAUUCAAUCUACACUAUCUUGAUCUAUCACGUACCAAAGUGAACAAGGUCCAAAAAUCUGUGGCAAGGCUCAAGAAACUACAGACAUUACACCUCAGGUUUGCUCAUGUGCGGGAGUUACCGCCUGAAAUAACCAUGCUCACAAGCCUUCGGCACCUGUCUGUGAGUAAUGAUUUGUAUGGCACCUCGAUUUCUGGAAAUAUCUGCAGACUCAAGCACUUGCAAACUCUCCGUGAGGUUAAAGCCAAUAAAGAUUUAGCUCAAAAUCUUGGUUAUCUGACACAGCUAAGAAGCUUAGGCAUCACUGGAGUCCUCCAAAGCUACAAUGAAGAUCUCUGGGCCUCCAUCAUGAAGAUGACUGUUCUUACAAAAUUGGCUGUCGGAACUAGUGGUGAGAAUGAAGCCCUUAACUUGCAAAAGUUGAGACCUCCUAGGAAUCUGGAGAAACUUUAUUUGAAUGGCAUGUUGGCAGAUGGGGCGUUUCCCCCAAUAUGUGAUGGUUUUCAGAAGCUUAGGGUCCUAACAUUGCGCUGGUCCGGGCUGGUAAAAGAUCCCAUCGAGUUGUUGUCUCAAAUGGUAAAUCUUGUUUACCUUAAUCUUUAUUGUGCGUAUGAUGGGGAAUCCUUGGAGUUCUGUUCUGGAUGGUUUCCAAAGCUAAAGCAGCUCCACCUUGGGAAUUUGAAGAACCUGUCAUCAAUUCAGAUAAGCAAUGGCGCCAUUGCAAACUUAGCAUACCUAGAGCUUCGUGAGCUACAAAAUCUUAAAGUCGUGCCUGAAGGCCUGAAAUACCUUAGAUCGCUUCAGCACUUGUAUGCAAGGAACAUGCCAGGAGACUUUGUGGAGAUGCUAGAGGGAGAUUGGAAGGAAUUUGUUCAGCACAUUACCAACACUGAAUGUGUGUGA